UCGGUGAACCUGAUUACGGAGGAGGGUGAACUUGGACUUAUCGGAGCAAGUUUAGUCGGCGAUCGACUCACAGAACUAGGCGGAGGCCCACCAGAAGAAGAGACCGAAGCGACCUCCAGCUCCUCGCAGUCGGAAACGCCAUGGCUGAUGGGUGGAUUGCAUCUAUUUGAGACAGCACGAACACCCUACAACCUGUUCACGGGUGGUUUAACAGAAUUGAUGCAUCUCGCCUGGUCCGUGCCGAGACAGCCGAGUCGAAUUGCACAUGUGCGCCGUCUGCCGGUGGACUCACGUGUGUACACCAGCCUGGCGUCUGGCUUAAGCCUACGGUUGGACCAGCAAGGAGCAAUUACCGCCAAUUUGGCAUUCGCGGCCGACUUUAGCAUCUGGACACAGUCGGGCCGAGGUCUUGUUCGCAUGGAGGCGGCGGUGGCCACCGAGACACAACUUCAUCUGCUCAGCCCCACAAAGCUUAUUGACAGAAAUGACUCUGGCGCUGAGGCUAACUUCGAGACUGCCAUCCCAGUCGCUAUGAUCGGCCUGGGUGGUGAGAUUCGUCUCGAUCUUAUCCAGCAUUAUAUGUUGUCCCAAGGUGGUUGCACUUUUGUCAGCCGUCCACCUGAUUCACUCCGCUUACUGAGGUGGACAGGUCGAACUAAUAAGGAACUUGGAUCUCCACGUUGGGGCCAAAGACUACAAUCUUACUGGCCCGUCACUAAUACUGGAGUCUACUCGAUUGAAACUGAUCUACGCCUGCAACCCACGAGUUACAAUUUAGGCGAAUAUAAUUCUGCGGCAUGUCUGAAAAUGGACGUCGAUGCGGAAUGGUAG